GGCGGGUGUUACGUAGCUGGGCGGCCCGGGUGGGGUGUGGACUGAGGCCGAGCAGAGGGAGCAACAAACCCGGUACAGUAAGAAGGGACACUGGCAGGAAUAAGAUGGGAGAAGCCGCUACCGAUAUCUGCCCCUCAUAGGCCGAGUAUACAGAGAACUGAAGGAACUCGCUACCAGGCCGCUCCUUAUAGUGAGGCCCAGCAACCAUGGAGAUCAACGAGCAGAAUGGAAAGCUGUCUGCUGAGGUGGAGCCGUUUGUUCCCCAGAAGAAGGGGGCUGAGGCCAUCACAAUCCCAAUGACUCUUCCUGGUGAUGGUGGAAAUGUUGGUGGACUGGAACCAACUCCCAUUCCAAGCUAUCUCAUAACCUGCUACCCCUUUGUACAGGAAAACCAGUCUAAUAGACAAUUCCCUCUGUAUAUAAAUGAUAUUAGAUGGCAGCAGUCAAGCUCAAAUCCUCCGGGACCUUACCUUGCAUAUCCUAUUGUACCAGCCCAGCCACCUGUAUCCACGGAGUAUAUGUACUACCAGUUAAUGCCGGCACCAUGUGCUCAAGUCAUGGGAUUCUACCAUCCUUUUCCCACUUCCUACAACGCACCUCUUCAGGCAGCCAAUACUAUCAAUGCGAUUUCUAUUGAUUGCAAUGACCGCACAAACCCACAAUCACAAGUUAAUGUGUUACCCAGCCAGAGGAGCCGAAAUGCAACCAGACUACCCAUUGGCCACAAGCAGCCCCAGCAACUAAUAACACAGAUAAAAUGCAAGAGACCGCCUAUGAAAAGUGUGGCAGUACAGAAAGAAACAUGUGCAGCAGGCCCAGACACUCGCUCCAAAAUUGUGCUUUUGGUGGAUGCUUGUCAGCAAACAGAUUUUCCAAAUGAAAUAGCCAACAAAUCGCUAUCUGAAAGCAUGGGUUCAACUCCCUGGAAAACAAAGACAAGACGAAGACGGUCUUCUCAUCCUGCCGCAGAGUCCUCCAGUGAACAGGGAGCAAGUGAAGCAGAUAUUGAUAGUGACAGUGGUUACUGCAGUCCAAAACACUGCCAAGCUGCUGCAAUGUGUUCUAGGCACACAGACUGUACAGCCUCUGCCGUCAAUGUUCCAGAACCAGCUGUAUGUACAGCUGGAGGAGGCUGGGCCAAUGUAGCCUCCCAGGCUACUCAGAAAAGACCUUGGAAUGAAAAGAAUCAAGCUUUCUCAAGAGGUGGAAGACAAGCUGAAUUACAUAAUAAUUCUCAGCUUGGAUACCGUAUGAGAGGGCAGAGCACUUCAUCUGAAAGACGACAGAAUAUUCAAAGGAAGCAGGAUAGUAAAACUGGGACCACAGCACAGAUAAGCAGAUCUGAUCUAAGCCAAGAGCAGCUGUAUUUUGAGGAUGAAGAUGAGUUUCCAGAAUUGAAUAGCAGCUCUGGGGCUACAAGAAAUGAAACACAACCAAAGAUGGCAGCAAAAGUGUUGGAUGAUUUACCUGAAAACUCCCCAAUUAACAUUGUUCAGACUCCAAUCCCCAUUACCACUUCAGUACCAAAACGUGCAAAAAGUCAGAAGAAGAAAGCUCUUGCUGCUGCUUUGGCCACUGCCCAGGAAUAUUCUGAAAUAAGCAUGGAACAGAAAAAGCUCCAGGAAGCAUUAUCUAAAGCAUCUGGUAAGAAAAGCAAGACUCCAGUACAGCUAGACUUAGGAGACAUGUUAGCAGAGCUGGAGAGACAGCAACAAGCAAUGAAAGCCCGGCAGAUUACCAACACCAGACCUUUAUCAUACACAGUUGGCAGUACUGUCCCAUUUCACACCAAAGAGCACACAAACAGAAAUCUCUUCACAAAGAGUCAGACUUUAGUAGCUUCCCAUAACCCCUUGGACUCCACUGCACCCCGGAUAAAAAGGGGAAAAGAAAAAGAGCUUCCAAAAUUAAAACGUCCAACUCCACUAAAAAAGAUAAUUCUAAAAGAAAGAGAAGAAAAGAAAGGACGUUUAACAGUGGAUCCCAAUGUGCUGGGUUCCGAUGAGCAAAAGGAAAUUCCUUUAAGUUUUGCUGAUGAUCAGUCUGAGGAGCUGGCAUCUCAAGAUGAAGCUGGUCUCAGUGCACCCAGUGAUACUUCCCUGUCUCCGGCAAGUCAGAACUCUCCCUACUGCAUGACGCCUGUAUCUCAGGGAUCACCAGCAAGUUCUGGCAUUGGUAGUCCUAUGGCCUCGUCUGCCAUCACCAAAAUUCACAGCAAAAGGUUUAGAGAAUACUGCAAUCAAGUAUUAAGUAAAGAAAUUGAUGAAUGUGUGACUGUAUUACUACAAGAACUGGUUAGCUUCCAAGAACGCGUAUACCAGAAAGACCCUAUCAAAGCCAAGUCAAAGAGGAGACUUGUGAUGGGAUUGCGAGAAGUCACCAAGCACAUGAAAUUAAAUAAAAUAAAGUGUGUCAUUAUUUCUCCCAACUGUGAGAAAAUUCAGUCUAAAGGUGGAUUGGAUGAGGCACUCUAUAAUGUAAUAGCCAUGGCAAGAGAGCAAGAAAUUCCAUUUGUUUUUGCCCUUGGACGAAAAGCUUUGGGGCGUUGUGUAAACAAACUAGUGCCAGUCAGUGUUGUGGGUAUCUUUAGCUACUGUGGUGCUGAGAAUUUAUUUAAUAACCUGGUCUCUCUGACGGAAGAAGCUAGAAAAGCAUACAAAGAUAUGGUGUCAUCAAUGGAGCAGGAACAAGCUGAAGAAGCUUUGAAGAAUGUUAAAAAGGUCCCACAUCAUAUGGGACAUUCCCGUAACCCUUCUGCUGCCAGCGCAAUUUCAUUCUGCAGCGUAAUUUCUGAACCUAUCUCAGAAGUUAAUGAGAAGGAUUAUGAAACAAAUUGGAGAAGUAUGGUAGAAACGUCUGAUGGACUUGAAGCAUCAGAAAAUGAAGAUUCUUCUGUACAAACAACUGCAUCUCAACACACAAUUAAUGCACAGUCUGAAAAAAAUGUUAACAAACCACUUAAGGGUCCUGGUAGCACUACCUCAAUAACUAAACCUGGCAAGAUGGUGCCAGUUGACAAAGAAGAGGCAAAACCAGAUGACAAUCUGGAAUGGGCUUCUCAGCAGAGUACAGAAACUGGAUCAUGGGAUGGGAGUGGCAGAGAUGUCCUCAAUUCCUCCAUGACAAGCACAACAAGUACUCUGGUGCCAGAAAUGCUGGACAAAGAUGACGAUGAGGAGGAAGAUGAUGAUGACUAUCACCAGGAACCCAUUUCAGUCAGCAGAAUAGAGUCUUGGGUAUCCGAAACCCAGCGAACUAUGGAAACUCUGCAGCUUGUGAACAGUCCAGAGGAAGAUAACAUUGAACAAAGUGAAGAAGAUACAGUGGAAAAUAUCUAGAACAAAUUGUGGAUUCAAAGGAAGGGAUAGAAGAAUAGUAAGUCGGAAAUGGGGCACAUACACAAGGUGGUGCAAGGUCUUUAUAAAAGAGAGCUCUAUCUCCUCUUAUGUAAAUUGAACUCAGGAAUCGGUCCACCCACAGAACUUUGCUUUUGGGAGAGUUGCAGCCAUUCCCAUUCCUAGUUCAUCUCAAUGUUUUGCACUGUAUUAAUGUUCACCCUGUAUCUGAUUUCCUGCAAAUUAUGUUUUAUUGUUAAAUGUUCAGCUGAGCUGGUGCUCUCACUUCAGCACUAGAGGGCGUUUUUCCAGACUGCCAAGCUUUUUCCUUCCAUCAAGAUUGGGUAUGAACACAAACGGUAAAAAAGCGAAACAAUGGUCUUUCCAUAUGGUAAGAUACCUGUAGAUAAUUGUUGGCAUCGGGCGUGCUGGAUAUCCCCUUGAUUACUUCUGGUUUAAUGGAAUCUAUUUUACAAACGAAACUUUUGUAUUCAUUUUUCAUCUUAAAUUAGCCAAGUUUACAUUUGAGUGCGUACAUUUGAGAGAUGUGUUUCCAUUCACAGCACCUAUUUCAUAUUUAUAACCAAAUAAUUUACAGUCAAUUCUUGGGAGAAAUACAUGGUCUAUUAUUCCUGAUAGUUUGUUGGGUAGCUCUCAGUCCAUAUACUCUUAGUUUGAGACUGUAUCAUCCUCUGACUUGACAGUGUUGGAAUCUUUGUGGAGGUGUGCAAAUAUCUGUGCAGUAGGACACAAUGAAUUUAAUAUUGUCCUUGACAAAAACAUUUCAGAAUGUUUCCUUUGUUUGUACACACUGAAUAUUAAUUUAUUGUAUAUAUCUAUUAAUAUAGCAUUUCACACUUUUGGAAUUUUUUUUUGUGUUCUGUUUUAAGGAGUUGUCCUUUUUUACCCUUUAAUUUGUAAAAUAUUGAUGUCUGAAAAUCAUAUCAUCCUGAUCCAGUUCUCAGCCAUGCACAUGUCUGAAAGAAUUUUAUGAAACCCAAAAAUACACAUGAAGGGAGGUUAAUUGCACCAAUCACGGACCAAACUAUGGAUGAGCUUCAUAGCACAAUAGGUUUGGGGAUGUGCAAUGGCAACCAAAAUAUUUGUCUCUUUUUACAAACAUACACACAAAUUGUAACCUGAUAAAAUGUGAUUUUCUGUUUGAUACUGCAUGACUUUUGUCUACUGUCAAAGACUAACAGUUAGGGUGUGUAGCAUUACAUUUGUUCUUUAAAUUUUAUUAAAUAUGGCUUCAGCGACAGCUCAAGAAAUGCUCUAAGUUCUUAAGUAGCUGCAUAAGAAAAAGAUUGUGGGUAGGUUUAUUCAUCGUUUGUACAAGCAGAGUGGUGCAGUUGCCCAUAGCAACUAAUCAAAUUGCUUCAUUUUUAGAUGCUUUUUUUUUUAUAAAUUAAAGACUAAAUCUGAUUUGCCUUUAUGGGGAAACUGCACCACUCUUUCUCUGCACAUGUUUUGAUAAAUCUCCCCCCUGUUCUCUGUAUAAGCUCAUACGUACAGGCUACUCUGGACAUAGAACCCUAUGUACAUGGUCCACUGCUUUUCCCACUUACUGGUUUUCUGUUUUAUGGGUAAACAGAUUUUGGUAUCACAUAGCUUGACUUUUCUGCCCAAAAUUUGGUGGCAGUUUGGUGGCCAUGUACUUGGCUGCUAGCUAGCACUUUUGAUAGAACAGGUAAGGGUCAGAUUACUGCUGUGUGCCAUGAAGGACCAAAGUAUGAACAGAUGCCUCAGCGUCACAUGUGUCCGUUAGUGAGGCAUCUAUCCAACUAUGUCCAUUUAUACUGCAGGUAAUCUUACAGCAUUAUCUUUACUAGUGGAAAAGGUUUACUGCAUUAGCAAGGAAUCUAUUGGGCUACAGCCCACCAGGCUACAUGGAGUCUAUUUAUUACCCUACUGAAUGAUUUUAAAUAAACAUCAUUUUAAGAUGAUGGCAUAUUGUUUUACCCCUCAGUCAAGGACUGAAUAUUACAUAUAUUGGCAUUAGACACCAAUUCAAGUACUAUGUUUUAACAGCCAUAUUUACUAAAAUAUGUCUAAAUGGUCAUUGUGACACAAUCAAGACCUGGGGUUACAUGAUUUCUAUUUUUCCUAUUGUGUAAAUGUCAGCAUUAGGGGGUAACUUUUCCAAACCAUGCUUAGUGGAUGAAAUAUCUGUUGCCCAUCAAAGGGGCAUUACAUAACACAUGCAUUUAGGAUAUCAGUAGAUGAUUUUACUGACAGUCUUUUUGAUAGUUCUUGUAAUUUCAUACAUUCAUAACUGUAUUUUAUUUAAACUUUUUAAGAUUAAUGUAAGUUUCUUGAUUGUAAGCAUUCUUAGUUGCCUGGGAAGUUGGCAACAUUGUACAGUUCUAUGGACAAACAUAUUUUUACUAGUUUAAAAAAGAAAUUCCUGAAAGUGCAAAGGUUAAGGAGUGAUGUCAUCUUAAUAAUUAGUGAUACAUGAUGGACCUUAGCCUUUAGAUUUCAAGAGUUGGCCCUGCCUAUGGAAAUGACAGAGUUUUAAAAAGAACAUGCAGCUUUCAUUAAACUUGUCUACAUGUUCAACUAAUUCUUGAUCCUGAUGGGUGACAAUGCUUAGCUAGAGAAUAUUUUCACAGUUCGCUUUCAACCAAAUGUCUUUAUCUUGAAAAAGGAAAGAAUUUAUGACUAUGUGCAAUGCAAGUCAAAGGGAAUAGAUUUAAAAGGGCUAUUUCCUCUUUAUCCAACAUAUUUGUUAAAGAUGUGCAACUGCAAGUUAAAGAAGUUGUCCAGUAUUAGAGAUUCAUGGUUAUUUUCUUCCAAAAACCACACCACAUAUUGCAGCUUAGCUCUACUCACUUUAACUAAGCCCAGCUUCAAUACCAGAUACAACGGCUGGACAGGUGUGGUGCUAUUUGUGGAAGGAAGCAAUCAUGUUUUUCUAAUCCUGGAGAACAUAUUUAAACUUCACUAUAAAACUCCCCACUAUAUAGCUACUUUGUUAUAUGGAGGGCUGCAGGAAACCCUUCCUGCUGUCAGAGGAACUUGACCUGGAUAGGGAAAGAUUAGGGGUAGCCCUAUUCUGUAACAUUUCUUGGCCAAUGGUCAUUUUGGUUUGUAGAUACACCUGUCUCAGAACUUAAUUUUGCUAAAUUGUUUCCGUUAAGUCUCUUACUGCUGUGCUGAGUUAGAAAAGGAUAGACGAUAUUUAUGAUUUCUGAAGUCAAGUGUAUAAAGCUGCUUGCUAAUUUUAAUUUCAAGUGUUACUGGGUGGCUUUUGUGCAGAUAUCGGACUGGUACAACCCGGUGCUAAGGGCAGUCUUCAGUGGAGAACAGCAGGAAGAUAGAUGAUAAGGCAGUACUGUAUAUAACCUUGAUUAAAUUAGUAGUAUAUGAAAAAUACUUUUUCUAAAGUAUCUCUAUAUUGUUUCUGUAACAAAUGCAUUAGUCCAGUUAUCAGGCUUUUUUUUUUUUUUUUUUUAACCUGAUGAA